CGGAGGCUGCAGAACUACACACCACAAAUCCAUAUUUUCAUGUUUUUGUUGGUAUUAUUAAAACAAUGGACGUGUCAUAGCAUUUGAUAUGGUGGCAAAUGGAGAAUAUAUAUUUUAGUUCUCUUGUAGAAUAUUGUAACAAUUUCACACUCCUGCUUACUUCGACAUAUCUGGAAGUUAUCGUACAUUAGUAUGUUUGAGUUUUUACAAUUUCCUGAAAUUAAAAUCACGGGAAUUGGCCUUUCGCUGUGUAGGUUCGACUGAGCGUUAAUAACGGAACUAACGGAAAUAACGGUUUUCCAAGAACGUCACCAGGCUGGAAGCAGUGACCGAGAUAGCUCACCAUGGUGCAAAACCCGAAGUUGGUCCUUCUCUUCAGUGGGAAACGGAAAUCUGGGAAGGACUAUAUUACAGAUCUUUUGCAAGAACGACUGGGUAAUGCAGAGGCCAAGACGGUGCGUUUGUCCGGGCCCAUCAAACAGCAGUUUGCGGCAAACAAUGGCCUCGACUAUUCCAGCCUGCUCAGUGCCUCAGAAUACAAGGAGAAGUACCGUCUACAGAUGAUUGAGUGGAGUGAAGCCAAGAGAGCUGAGGAUUCGGGAUUUUUCAUUAGAGCUGCCAUUGAGAUGUACGAAGGCGUGGACGACGCGGAGAGCGAGUGCGACCUCGAUGGCGUGACGGAGUGGGACAGCGAAGUCGACAACAGCGGCGUGGACGACGCGGAGAGCGAGUGCGACCUCGAUGGCGUGACGGAGUGGGACAGCGAAGUCGACAACAGCGGCGACGCUCGGGUUGUCGAGGAACUGCUGGAGAAGUUAACCGUGCUCUGUGCCUCGAAGAGAAAUGAAUAGCGUUUCGGUGACUUGACAACCCAGGGGCUUCCUGUUUGGUUAUAUAUGCUACGGAACCAAAGCAAGCAGAUGUUAGACAUUUGUAUCAUGACGUGAUAAAGAAUGAUAUUGUAUUUUUUUUUAAAGGUACAGGGAUGGAUGAUAAGCAAGACAGUAACCUUCUAUAUUGUGGUAAGGUUGUGAUCCAAAGACUUCUGGAAUGUUGAUUGUUAUCAAAUGUCUUUUUUUGUUUUUGUUGAGGAUGUAUCAUGAACAAAAAUAUCAGUCUAAACUGUUUAAAUGAACUGAGGUCAAUAAAACAAUAUUCAUAAAACAGUUUAUAUCCAGCUGUUAACAAUAUGAUUUCACUAAAUACAGUAUUAGUUAUAGUGUAAGAUAGAUAAUACAGUCAACAUAUGUGAUAUUCUGGUGUCUUGUUAAGAGUUUCCUCCGUUUUUACUUAAUGGAACUCAAAAUCUUAGAUAGUUAAUAGCUAUUGUUUAAUCUCUAAACAUGUAUUUGUUAUAUUUAUUCCAGAUAGAUAUUAUGUUGAGCAGUUAUUAGUAUCCUUCAAUUGUUUUGGAUUUGUUUACAUUUUUCUUCCGUCCACAUUUUCCAUUUUUGUAAUUGUAUUUUUGAAAUAAUUAUUAGAUAUUGUUUAAGUUAUUUAUUGGGUAGGUUGAACUUUUAUAUACUGAAUAUGUGUAUCUGGCAUACAUUCAAUAAAUUUUAUUAUG